AUUCAGGUCCAGACCCAGACAGACUUCAGUAAAUAUUCGCUGGAUGGAGGUAUCGAGCUAAGGCUUCCAGAUCUCUUUUGAGGGAAGAUGAAUGUUUCUGCCAGGAGAGUUUAACUGGAGGAUCUGGGUCUGGGCAGACUUGACCAUGGGAGCCAACACCUCAAGCAAACCACCAGUGUUUGAUGAAAAUGAGGAUGUCAACUUUGACCACUUUGAAAUUUUGCGAGCCAUUGGGAAAGGCAGUUUUGGGAAGGUCUGCAUCGUGCAGAAGAACGAUACCAAGAAGAUGUACGCAAUGAAGUACAUGAACAAACAAAAGUGCGUAGAGCGCAACGAAGUGAGAAAUGUCUUCAAGGAACUCCAGAUCAUGCAGGGUCUGGAGCAUCCUUUCCUGGUUAAUUUGUGGUACUCCUUCCAAGAUGAGGAGGAUAUGUUCAUGGUAGUCGACCUCCUGCUGGGCGGGGACCUGCGUUAUCACCUGCAGCAGAAUGUCCGUUUCCAGGAAGAUACUGUGAAGCUCUUCAUCUGUGAGCUGGCCAUGGCCUUGGACUACCUGCAGAGCCAGUGCAUCAUCCACAGGGAUAUGAAACCUGACAAUAUUUUGCUUGAUGAACAUGGGCACGUGCACAUCACAGACUUCAACGUCGCCGCGAUGCUGCCCAGGGAGACGCGGCUCACCACGGCGGCGGGCACCAAGCCUUACAUGGCGCCUGAAAUGUUCAACUCCAGAAGAGAAGCAGGCUAUUCCUUUGCUGUGGACUGGUGGUCCCUCGGAGUGACGGCGUAUGAACUCUUGAGAGGCCGGAGACCAUACCAUAUUCGCUCCAGCACCUCCAGCAAGGAAAUUGCACACAUGUUUGAGACAGCUAUUGUGACUUACCCCUCUGCCUGGUCACAGGAAAUGGUGUCACUACUUAAGAAGCUACUUGAGCCUAAUCCAGACCAACGAUUUUCUCACUUGUCUGAUGUUCAGAACUUCCCAUAUAUGAAUGACAUGAACUGGGAUGCGGUUUUGCAGAAGAGGCUCAUUCCAGGCUUUAUUCCUAAUAAAGGCAGGCUGAAUUGCGACCCCACCUUCGAACUCGAAGAAAUGAUUCUGGAGUCCAAACCUCUUCACAAGAAAAAGAAACGUCUGGCAAAGAAGGAGAAAGAGAGGAGGAAAUGUGAUUCCUCCCAGAAAUUCCAGUACAUUGUUGAAUAG